AUGGUGUCCAAGAUCAAAGCUAUCCAGACGGUCCAUGAGCCCCCAAGCUCUUCUACGACUAAUGGAGCUGCUCCAAAUGAAGCCGAGGCUCAAACACAGCCGCAAGGGCGAAAACGCAGCAAGUAUCGCCAUAUCGCCGCGUAUCAUUCGCAGCUACGGCAUUCGAGCCUCAGUAGAGACUCGGAUGUGACACCUAGCUUUCUGGGAUUUCGCAACUUGAUGGUACUGGUUCUUGUGGCCAUGAACCUACGCUUAAUUAUUGAGAACUUUAUGAAGUAUGGAGUGUUGAUCUGUAUUAAAUGUCACGACUAUCGCAAACAGGACCUAAUUCUCGGGUCAAUUCUCUUUGCUCUGGUUCCAUGUCAUUUGUUUUUGGCAUAUGUUAUCGAAUUAUCUGCCGCAUCUUCUGCAAAACAAGCAGCAGGUCAACAGAAGAGAACAGCUGAAGAAAAGGAGCGCGACCAGCAGGCUUUCCGCUCCACUUGGCCGUACACGGCCUUUCUGCACACCGUAAAUGCCACAUUGUGUCUUGCAGUGACCAGUUUCGUGGUAUAUUUCUACAUCCAUCAUCCAGGGAUUGGCACUAUCUGUCAGCUCCAUGCGAUCAUUGUGUGGCUGAAGAAUUGCUCCUAUGCCUUCACCAAUCGUGAUCUACGUCUCGCAUACCUCAACCCGUCGGCCGAUCCUGGCCUUCCGGACAUCUACGCCACAUGUCCCUACCCCAGAAAUGUCACCAUUAAUAACCUCAUCUAUUUCUGGCUUGCCCCCACAUUGGUAUAUCAGCCGGUUUACCCUCGCACCACAUCUAUUCGUUGGUCGUUCGUCGCAAAACGACUGGCCGAAUUUGUUGGAUUAUCGGUUUUCAUCUGGCUUCUCUCAGCGCAAUAUGCCGCGCCCGUUCUCCGAAAUUCGAUCGACAAGAUUGCAGUGAUGGACAUCGCGUCUAUUUUGGAACGUGUGAUGAAGCUAUCCACCAUCUCCUUGAUCAUUUGGCUUGCCGGGUUCUUUGCUCUCUUCCAAGCCUUACUCAAUGCAUUGGCGGAAGUCAUGCAGUUCGGAGACCGUGAGUUUUACACCGAUUGGUGGAAUAGCUCCAGUCUGGGAGCCUACUGGCGCUCCUGGAACCGACCGGUGUAUCUUUUCAUGAAGAGGCAUGUCUACUCCCCCCUGGUGGGUCGUGGAUGGAGCCCUCUAGCCGCGCAUGGUAUGGUCUUCGGGUUAUCCGCCAUUCUGCACGAGAUGCUAGUGGGGAUCCCCACCCACAAUUUUAUUGGUGUCGCAUUUUUUGGCAUGAUAUUUCAAUUACCGUUAAUUGCGCUCACGGCGCCUCUGGAGAAGAUGCGUGAUCCGUUGGGUAAGACGAUUGGAAAUUGUAUUUUCUGGGUCAGCUUUUGUCUAGUUGGACAACCACUUGGAGCUCUGCUGUACUUCUUUGCCUGGCAGGCGAAGUAUGGUAGUGUUAGUCGAAUGCGUGCAUAA